GGGAGGGGAGAGAGAGAGAAACUACAGGAGAAAGGGGAAAGUUCUCAGGGGCUGGACGGAAAAAUAAUAACUUCACUUAAAACCCCAGUUAAGCCGGUUUGUUUCAGGCAAGUUGUUCCACCCACUGACCUCGUGUUGUCGAAGGUGGACAGUGAGCACCAGCUGUCCAACGUGACCCAAACCCAGGACAACAUCUCUUGAGCACUAGAGGCAAAGGAAGAACAAGGGUGGCGAAAUCUCACGCAGUUUUGCCUGACUGGACUGUGUGGAACAGGAGCAAUGUUGUGAAGCUGUGUACUGGCAGCCCAGUGGAGGCAACGUGUGCUGAUGCAGCUUCCCACUGGGAUUGUAUUUUCAGAAUGCAGUGGCACACGUGAUGGAAGAUGUCCUUCCCAGCUGUAAAUGGCUUGGAUGUUGGCCACGAAGAUGACCAAAGUAUCACAGAGCCUGUCGCAGAGGAUAGUGCUGACAGCCCACAGCAUCAUGUGAAGGAAGAGGAGGUGGAGGAAGGUGGUGACUCCGUCACCACGCUCCACAAUGGUACAUUCUCCACCGAGCCAGAAUUCUCCCUCAGUAUAUGUGGGGAUGAGCCAAUGGUAAAACGGAAGAAGGGGCCAGCCCCGAAGAUGUUGGGGAAUGAAGUUUGCAGCGUCUGUGGGGAUAAGGCAUCAGGCUUUCAUUACAACGUGCUGAGUUGUGAGGGCUGUAAGGGCUUCUUCCGCCGCAGUGUGAUCAAGAAUGCACAGUACACCUGCAAGAACAGUGGCAAGUGUGAAAUGGACAUGUACAUGCGCAGGAAAUGCCAGGAGUGCCGGCUGCGAAAAUGUCGAGAGGCGGGAAUGAGAGAACAUUGUGUUCUGUCAGAAGAGCAGAUUCGCAACAAGAAGCAGAAGAAGCGUGAGGAUGACAUUGCUCAGGCGUUGGUGGUGACAGCAGAGGACUCUCCAGUGGCAGUCGACAUUGCCAGGCUCACGGUGGAACAGGAAGAGAUGAUCCAGCAGCUGGUGGCCGCACAGCAGCAGUGCAACAAGCGAUCGUUCAGUGACCAGCCGAAAGUAACGCCCUGGCCGCAAAGUAAUGACCCGCACAAUCGAGAGACACGACAGCAACGCUUUGCCCACUUCACGGAGUUGGCAAUCAUCUCUGUGCAAGAAAUCGUUGACUUUGCCAAGCAGAUUCCGGGCUUCCUUGACCUCUCGCGGGAGGACCAGAUUGCACUGUUGAAGGCAUCCACAAUCGAGAUCAUGUUGCUGGAGACAGCACGGCGAUAUAACCAUGAGACAGAAUGCAUCACUUUCCUCAAGGAUUUCACAUACAGCAAGGAUGACUUUGCACGGGCUGGGUUGCAGGUCGAAUUCAUAAACCCGAUCUUUGAGUUUUCAAAGGGCAUGAGGAAGCUGCAGUUGGAUGAUGCUGAGUAUGCCCUGCUCAUAGCCAUUAACAUCUUCUCAGCAGACCGACCUAAUGUUCAAGACCACGAGUUAGUGGAGAGGCUCCAGCAGCCGUAUGUUGAGGCCCUCCAUUCGUACUUGCGCAUCAAGCGACCAAAGGACCACCUGAUGUUCCCUCGGAUGUUGAUGAAGUUGGUCAGCCUCCGGACCCUGAGCAGCGUCCACUCAGAGCAGGUCUUUGCCCUCAGGCUUCAGGACAAGAAGUUGCCACCUCUGCUGUCUGAAAUAUGGGACGUUCAUGAGUGAACGAGCAGAAAGCCAUAAGCAGGAGAGGAGAAGGGUGGCGUACAUACACUUUUAUUUUUACAAAAGAAAACUGCAAGAGAAUGUAGGAGAAAAAAAGUUCUGUCUCUUUUUUUUAAACAAACUUAAGACUCAAAGGCAACAAUGAUACAAGAAGUCCUGACCAAUGUGUGUGAGAGGGAGGAUUUAAAAAAAAAGAGAGACAAAUAUUAAACUUGGAUGUAGGACUUGGAUGUCUGGAUGUUGAAGAGACAUCCAUCACUGCACUUACUGGACUGAUUUCCAAUGAGAGACUUAAGUCUCCACUUGUUCUUAACGCAGUGGUACUGUUGCCCCUGCUCACCUUAUCUCCUUUGUUCUUUGUUUAACAGGCAUUGUUUACCAACCCCCAAAAAAAGAUUUUAACAGUGAUUUCUUUUGCUCAAUAAUAUAUGAAGUUUAAUUUUUUUUUUAUUGAGCACGUUUUCAGAAAGGCAGAUCAAAUUCAAUCUGGUAUUGGAAAGCAGUUGUUGCAAAGACUAUACAUGUGCGCAUGUGUGUUUUCAUGAGAGUUUUAGUCAUGUUCCAAAUGAAGGGAGUUGGGUUUUGCUGCCAAAUAGGCAAUGUUAUGAAGAGAAAAAAAGUUGUUUAAUUUUUUUAAACAAACAUAAGCACUACAUCCCAUCGCUUAUUUCCUUGAUCUCUGAAACAAUUAAUUGUUGAUCAUUGCUAUGACUAAUUGCAAUUUUUGAUAAUCUUGUAAUUCUGUUAACUAUUGGAUUUAUGACUGGGGAAGGCAUCAAAGUUUUUUUUCCUAAGGGAUCAUAGUAAUCAGGGAUCCUAUUGAUGUUAGUUGCACACAUGGGUUUCUCCCCAAAUGUAAUGUUUGAGUGACGAUGAGAUUUUCAACUCUUUUCAUUCACCGACUGUGGGUGCUGCUGACAAGGCCAGCAUUUGUUGGCCAUUUCUUACUUGCCCUUUAGGAAGAUGAUGGUGAGCUGGCUCCUUCACUACAACUAAGCAGCCAAUUGGAUCAUUUGCAGAUUUAAGGUCAACCACCUUGUUGUGUGGCUCUGGUGUGUGGUACAGGCUGGCUGGCUAACAACACCAGAUUUCCAUCUCUCAGUUGAAUCAGUUGGUGACUGAGUGAGAUGAGAAACUGGUUGAAUUCUGCCAAACAGUUUUGGAGAGAGGAAGGGUUUGUCUUUGAACGUCACUGCUGGCCUUAGUUGAAACCUGGGUUGUUUUCCUUCCUGUGAUGAAUGCACUAGUCUUUUUGUCCCUCUUUGUCUCAUUCUACCUACAUCUGUCUAGUAUCUCUCACUCUUGCCACAUGUACAUGUCAUUCUCUCUGUACUCUGCACUUUAUCUCUGACUGGCUUUUUAGUAUGUGUGUUUUAUUCGCUGUAUGUCUGUCUGUCUCAUUUUCUUUUUCUGUGCUGUGUGUACGUGUAUCUUCAUAACUUCAUCGCGUAAUCGUAGACAUCAAAUACUUUUCACAGUAUCGAUCUGAUUUUGAUAUCCAAUUUAUAGACAUUCGUAUGUAUGGGUAAGAGGGCAAAAAGAAGCAGCUGGAAAGAGAAAGAUGAACAAAGUUGUUUUUUUUAUACAAAAAAAGGGAAAAUUGAAAAAAAAAUAGAAAUAUAUGCAAGGACAAAUGUUUGAGCCCCAAAGCCAAAAUGAAUUUGAUUUAGACAUUUGAUUACGGGUGGACUGCCUGGAGCAGCUGCAGAUACGUGUUCUUGCUUUGAGGUGUAUGAAAACAGUCCUACCUCUGUAGCUCACUAUGGAGAAUGGGAAUGCUGCCUGUAACCAGUCACCUGGGCAAUCAGUUGAGUCAAUUCACUAACCCAUACUUGCGCCCAAAGGAGUUUUGCAAGCGAAGUGAUUUUCAAACAAAAGCCUGUUUUUCACAGAAACUACUAUUAUCAAUAUUUCCACCACUGUCUUCUGCUGAUUAUUGACCCACUCCCCAUACCAUCUUCAAUAUUUGCACAUUAAGAGACCAUACUGAAAUGCCUCCAUUGCUUUGCCCCUUGUACAUUACAUGCAGUUCCAUUCCUCCAGGUGUGUAAACUCAUAAAUGGAGCUAAGGUACAGAUCAUUAGCUAAAUGGCCUCUUAUGUCCUCCUUCUGCUCUCAUUUCCUCCGUUUUCGAAGGUAGUGAGGUUUGCUUCUGGCAGUGAGGUUGGAGGGCUUGGGGGUUCUGGGCACUUUAUGGUCUCCUUUCUAAAUGACCUUGAGAGAUAUUCCCAAAUAACGUUCUUCCAUCUUUCAAGGGAUGAAGGCUUAGAUCAUGUCCCUGAUCAACACAUGCAUGUUCCAGCUCAAAGUGGAGAUGUUUUCCUCAGCUGUUUGGUUAAAGAGUCCUGAGAUUCAUUUUAGUGACUCCAACUUGGACUCAGACACCUGCAACAUGGGCUGGGAGUCAAACCCCUGGGCAGGGGGCUUCUAUCCUUCACCUCAACCCCCUCCAGUUUCCACAUUGCUUUAGUGUCUAUGUCUAUCUGCACUGCCAAAGACUGUACUUAACAGCAGUGAAACAGUUUUCACAGCUCCAGGACUGUCUGCUUUUAUUUCAGAUUUCCAGCCUCCUCAGUACUUUGCUUGCGUUUUCACAGCUCAAUUACAUGCCUACUUGUAAGGAACUUAGGGGUCCAAUUCAGUUCCAUGCUGAAGUAAUUGUAUUUUAGACAUUUCUGAAAUUAAUUGUAUUUUCCUUUCCUCCUUGUUUUGUUUAGUCGGGCUAGGGGCUGGUUCGGCAAGGGCGGGCCUGAGAGAGCAGGCAGGCUAACCUGCUCCCAGACCUUUGUCAACAUUGGACCUGUAAAUAGGAUCAGUCGCCCCAUCGGUGGAAGGAGAAUUGAAGGCUAAUUGUUUUCUUAUUUGACUCAUGAUCUGGGGAAGCACUUUAGAAUGAAUAAAAGCAUUGUGAAGUUUUAA